CGGUAAGAUUUCAAAGGAAUUUUCUACAUCGAGAAGUCAAUUGUUCAAUCGACCAAUGUCAACGACAUACACCGCACCCUUUGCUCAAAAUGUUGUGAUCUUUAUGUGUGACACGAGAAUAACAGACUGCUGGCUCCGGGCCAUUUCUGUCCAGAGUUGACUCUAAAUGUGGCCGGAUGUAAACAGCGAUCUUCAUACUUGCCGUUACUUACCGUUACACACAUUCAUAGGAAGUCGACCAUAGCUAAUUCAAUAGGUCGAGGCUGUCGGGGAAAGACAUGUUCCAUUUGCGCACACAACACUUGUCUUUCUAUGCGUAACGUCAUUUGAAAAGUGCCUGAACCCAACCCAUAAUACAAUACUAACUGUUACAAAGGACGGGUUCUGAAGAGAAAAUAUAUAUAUUUCAAAAACUCCAGCCGCAACCCGUUUCUGCGAAAUUAGAGAAAUGGCAGGCAUGUCGUCAAUAUAUAUAUAUGUGUGUCGUAAUGCAAGCCCAAAGAAAAUAACCGUAAUCAUUGUGUUUUUGUUAACUGUUUCAUACGUUUUGUUAUAUUAACAGAACCGAAACGUUAAUCAACGUUUCACACAUGAACACACAGAUAGCAUCUGAUUUGAUCCCCUGCCCCUAGCUCACUAUGAACGGCUCACCCCCGCUUGUUUCCGUCCAUGACCUAUUGAUUACGAAUUACCGGCAAGUGAUUGGUAGCUUAGGAUCAAGUUUCCUUGCAGUCGCGUAUUUGUUUUGUAAGGCAUCCUUACAGGUAGGGCAGCUAUAGAGGGAGCACCGUUAUGUCGUCUCCGCGAAAGUACGAAGUAGAACUGGAGCGGCGCUCCUCCUUCUUGGAUCAACAGGUGGGGGAGAAAGCCCGAGAGCUGUUCAGAACAACGGAGACCAACGUCAUGUCGGGGCCGGACGCACUUCAACUUCGUCUGGACACCAGCUUGAGUGGCAGGACCGCACAAGGGCGCUCAACGAACCACACGGAAAAUGGGAGAGAGCAGGAAACGACCACUCAUCAGGAGAGCUCCGUGCCAUUGCACGGCGCCGAGGGCCUGAGUCUGGAGAUUUGCGGCGCUAGUGUGAUGAGGCGGCCGGGAGAAAACCUCCAGGACGGCUCGGGGAUGGCAGAAAUCACGAACAUCAGCCUGGAGGAGACCGGGUCUGGCGGGCCCAGGACCGAGGGACAGGAACUUCAGACGCCAUCAACAGGAGAAUGGCGGGGCAUCAACACAGACACUCUAACAGAUUUGAAUGAGACCCCCAGAAGCCCGACCAGUGGAGCUGUGGCCCCCCUCAGCCCAAUAACCAGCACACCGAGCCACCAGGACCAAGUCAUACACACCUUACCUGAAGUAAUCCACAAGGCCAACAACUCCAACCAGACUGUCUCAGCGGGGCAGUACUUUGUAGUCGUGGCCAUCGACUUCGGCACCACCUUCAGUGGCUACGCCUUCAGUUUCCUCCGCAAUCCGGACAGCAUCCAUGUCAUGCGGAAGUGGGAGGGGGGCGAUCCCGGGGUGACCAAUCAGAAGGUGCCUACCACCCUGCUGCUGACUCCAACAGGGCUGUUUCACUCCUUUGGAUUCGCUGCCAGGGACAACUACCACGACCUUGAGCCUGGCGAGGCCAAGAGGUGGAUGUACUUCGAGAGGUUCAAGAUGGUUCUCCAUGCAAACACAGACUUACACAAGGGAACACAACUGACUGCUGGCAAUGGAAAACUCUGGCCAGCUGUGGAGGUUUUUGCCCACGCUUUGAGGUUCUUCAAAGACCACGCCCUGCAGGAGCUGACUGACCAGUCCUGUACACAGAUCAACAACGAGGAUGUGAGAUGGGUCAUCACUGUUCCAGCCAUAUGGAGACAGCCAGCAAAACAGUUCAUGAGAGAGGCAGCCUACAAGGCUGGAAUGGUGUCCAGGGACUGUCCUGAGCAGCUACUGAUUGCUCUGGAGCCAGAGGCUGCCUCCAUCUACUGCAGACAGCUGCGGUAUCACCAGCUGGUGUCGGACUCCAACUCUCCCCAGCCUGCAGCGCCCCAGGCCACUGUGGCAGCAGACAUGGCUUCAGGUGACCGGUACAUGGUGGUGGACUGUGGAGGGGGGACGGUGGAUCUGACAGUGCAUCAGCUGGAGGAGGAGCCACAGGGGGGUCUGAAGGAGCUGCACAAGGCCUCAGGAGGGCCCUAUGGAUCAAUUGGAGUCGAUGAAGCCUUUGAACGACUCCUUCACAACAUCUUUGGCAGUGACUUCAUCGAGCAGUUUAAGCGGAAGCGCCCUGCUGGCUGGGUGGACCUGCUGGUGGCGUUUGAAGCCAGGAAGAGAGCCGCCAGCCCGUACAAAACCAACCCCCUCAACGUGUCCCUCCCCUUCUCCUUCAUUGACUACUUCAAGAAGACGAAGGGCAGCAGUGUGGAGGCGGCCAUACGGAAGAGCGGGUACAAGUACAUCAAAUGGUCAUCACAAGGCAUGCUGAGGAUGAGCCCAGAGGCCAUGCGUGAGCUCUUCCUUCCAACGUUAAGUAAGAUCGUGGGCCAAGUUAUCACAGUCCUCCAGAAACCAGACGUGGCAGGAAUCAAGUAUCUGUUCCUAGUCGGUGGUUUUUCCGAGUCCCCGCUCCUACAGCACGAGCUGCGUGCGGCGGUGGGGCAGUCUGUACGCGUCAUGAUUCCCCAGGACGUGGGACUCAGCAUCCUGAAGGGCGCCGUGUUGUUUGGACUCGACCCGGCCGUCAUCAGGGUCCGCCGGUCCGCCCUGACAUACGGGGUCGGAAUUCUGAACAAAUUCGUGUACGGGAAGCACCCGCCCGAAAAACUCAUCAUCAAGGAUGGCGUGGAGUGGUGCACGGACGUGUUUGACACCUUCGUGACCAUCGACCAAUCGGUAGCCAUCGGGGACAGGGUGACGAGGAGUUACACUCCAGCUAAGCACAGCCAGUCCAACAUCGUCAUCAACAUCUACUGCAGCGAGAGAGAAGAUGUGCAGUACAUCACAGAGACUCACGUGCAGAAGUGCGGGACACUGAAGCUGGACUUGACACGGUCAGACUACACAGUUGCCCCUCACCGGAGGGAACUGCAGACAACCAUGCAAUUUGGAGACACAGAGAUCCGAGUCACAGCACUGGACAUUCUCACAUGUACAUCUGUCAAAGCCACCAUCGACUUCCUCAACAAAUAAAGCACUGAAACUCACUCUGUCCAUGCAAACAUUACAGUUUAAACUGCCCAAGAAGACCACUCAGGGGACCUAUAAAAUCUGGUCUAUGUGGACAGGUGGUCACUAUAGACAGGAUUUUUAUUGCUUGUGUAAAUGGGAAAAUUGUGAUCACAGUGACCAGGUGGUCCUUAUGUAGAUGUGGUCGCUUGUAUAAGUGUCAAACUGGUUAUCAUUGUUAAUCAAUGGCUUUCAUGUUAUAGCUGGUGAAAGCAUGUAGAUUCAAUAGAUUAAUAGAUUAUUUUCUUAGGUGGAAGUGUUCUUUUCCCCAGACUGUUAUUCAACAUCUGAAAUAUAUAGGGUCUAGAAUUGAUACUUAUUAAUUGCACUAUUAUAAUAAUUGUAAAGCACCAGACAUUGCAGCCUUGUUGUCAACCAGCACAAAAAGCAAUUCAAGAAUCACAUCCAGUUCUCCUGAUGGAAAUAUUUUUACCAGUUUGCAUAUUGUGUUCAAUCAAAAUUAUACAAUUUGUGAGGAAUUAGUUUGUGUCAUCUAGUAGUCAAUGUUUUCAUAAAGAGCAUGUCCCUGUUGUAAUAUCCCUGGACAAAAUACUAGUACAUGUAAUGCCCUCCACACCCUGGUAGUUUCAUCCUCAUUAUGGUCCAUUGAUGCCCCCUAUCUACACCUGUUCAAACUACAAUGUACAGUAAUUACUGCAUGUUCAAACACUUCUAUUCUGAUGAGUAGCAAUAGGAAAACUUUUCCCCUGAGUGCAUGAUGAUUCAAUUGCCAUAUGGUACCAUUACUUGCCUUCAGUGCUUUUGGUAUUAAUUCUUGACAAAAACAGUUUUUCUAUAAAAAGAAUUUUAUUCAGAGGAUGUGAUGUUGUAAACUUAUGUCAUAGUCAGUUUUCAUGUCUUUAAAAUGUGCAAUGACAUAAUUUUGAUAGAUUAGCACAUCAUUUUGCUCUUCACAAUGUAAUACCAGAUACAAACCAUAGUGUUACACAAGAAUUUGCAUCAAAUAUUCGAUAAUCCAGUCAAUUAAUAUCAACUGUUUUAACAACCUAUUAUAUUUCCUAUAUUGAAUUUUUCGAUAGCCAUCCGAUGUACUUGUAUGAUUUAUG